ACCAGAAGACCAGAAAUGGUGUCCUCAACAUCCCUUGUAAUCUCUCCAAGAACGUUCAGAUCAGACUUGUACUCCUAUCCAUACCAGGCGGAUUCCAACACCCCUUUGGUGGUUAACGUUCUUGCUUCUCUUAUAGAGAGGAACAUGGCCAGGAACCAAAGGAUUUCCAAGAACUGCAGCAGCCCUUGGUACUUGUCCAAAGACAUGAAGAAGACUCGGAUUUUCGAGUGUCACGAGACUCCGGACAUGACCAUUCAGUCGUAUUUGGAGAGGAUUUUCAGGUACACAAGAGCCGGGCCGUCUGUUUACGUGGUUGCUUAUGUAUAUAUCGACCGGUUUUGCCAGAACAAUCCUGGUUUUCGAAUCAAUGUCACAAAUGUGCAUAGGUUACUCAUCACAACUAUAAUGGUGGCUUCGAAAUAUGUAGAAGACAUGAAUUACAGAAACUCUUACUUUGCAAGAGUCGGGGGAUUAACGACAAACGAGCUGAACAAGCUGGAGCUUGAGUUUCUGUUCUUGAUGGGAUUCAAGUUACAUGUGAAUGUGAGUGUGUUUGAGAGCUACUGUUGUCAUUUGGAAAGAGAAGUCAGUAUUGGAGGAGGCUACCAAAUUGAGAGCACAUUGCGAUGUGCAGAAGAAAUCAAAACGAGGCAAGAUGAAGAUAGAAGAUAUAACCAGUGUGCUGGUCUUUUGUUGUAG